AUGUCUCUCACGUCACUCCCCUGCGAACUUAUACUCUGCAUCGCAGAAUACCUAGCACCACAAGAUCUCAAUCACUUCGUCCGCACAGACGGAAAAUACUACCGAUUCCUCAACACACGCCUCUACCAGCAGAACUUUUCCAUUGCACUAGCAUGGGCUAUCUGUGCCGACUUUCUGCCCACCCUCCGGAAAUGCGUUGAUCUUGGAGCUGACAUUCAAUCGGCUUCACUGACACCUUUUGGCUAUAUCCCAAACUCAAACGACAGAGGUCUCAUAACUCCUUUUGAACUUGCUGUGAAGUGUCACAGCGAUGAUAUGGCAGCGUUCCUGCUUGAGCAAGGAGCUAGCCCGAGAUCUUUUGAUUGGGAGAUGUCAAUAUUCACCAUGAAGCUUUUACCGCAAACAUUCGCGGCGCGCUUCUCAAUGCCGAAAAACCUGGAUUUUGAGAUGCCAAUAAUCGACACGAAGCUUUUGCCGAAAACCUUCAUGGCGCUCUUCGAUCGUGGUCUAUUUUCUAGAUGCAAAGACAAGGACCGAGGGGCAGCCUGGGCUCUACAGCAGAUGGUCCAGUUCGGGUGCGAGACGGGAGCAAGAAUGCUUCUUGAGCGCACCGACCUUGCGAUCGAUAUUGACCGUGUCCGUAUCAGAGACCCCCCGUAUACCGGUGCCUCAGCCCUGACCAUCGCCGCACGUUAUGGCGACGUUAAACUCGUGCAGCUCCUGCUUGAACACGGCGCAUCAGUCGACCUCAGAGGUAAUGAUGGAGAGACGCCUCUACUGGCGCACCUUGGCGCUGGACUUGUUCCCAAUCCAAGUGAACAAAUUGUCAAGCUUCUUGUUGAGGCUGGAGCAGACGUCAACGCUAGAGACUGCCUUGGGCGUACGCCGCUGUGGAAUGUGGCUGGCAAUACGCAGACCUUAAUAUGGGAUUAUCUGUUGGAGCACGGAGGCGAUGCGGAGAUACACGAUGAAGACGGUAUAAGUGCCACGAUGCGAGUCAGAUAUUUCAAGUUCCUCGAUGAGUAUCAGACCUAG